CGCCAAAAUAACCAAAAGAUCUUACGCAUAUGUUUACGUGAUAUUAUCACACACGUGAAGGUGUCUGGACGAACUUAUAAAAGUUAAGACAUCUGGUUAUUAUUAAAAUAUAUACAACGACGAUUUACCGCCAGCCAAACAGAAAUUUAAUUUAAUAUUUUGUAUCCUAAUUUUCGCCGAACGGACAUCGCUUUGGUCAAUUUUAGAAAGUAACUUUGCUCACAGUCUUGAAAUAUGAAUACGACUUUUAAUACGCCUGGACACGUUGCAAAAUAUUUUGGAAAAUACGAAUUCAUUCAGGAAUCUCCUGGGUUGGCAAUUACAUCUAUAGCUUUACAAACAAUUGCGUCCCUUGUAGGGACAUUUGGGAAUGCUCUAAUUUUGAUUAUAACAGCAAGAUCGAAGGGGAUGAUGACCGUGCAAUCAAUAUUCAUCGUUAAUAUAGCAAUAUCAGACAUGUAUGUUACUUUGAUGGCAGAUCCUAUGAGCAUUGUUGGGAAAAUUGAAGGCCGGCCAUUCUUCAUGCAGUAUCCAAUGCUGUGCGAGAUAAUUGGGAAAAUGUGUACCAUCUCAUGUAUUGUGUCUUUGGGGUCCAUCACAUUUCUCAGUUUCAACAGAUACAUAUUAAUAUGCUACAACUCUUAUUACGAGAAAAUAUUCACUCGGACGUCAUGUAUCAUUAUGUGCAUAUCACUGUAUGUCCUUGGAAUAAUGAUGGUUCUACUUAAUUACGCUGGAAUUGGCGGACAUGGUUUUGAUGACAAAAGUUUGGAAUGUAUUUGGGACAGAAAGGCAACGUACAGUUUUACAGUGUUUUUUUCUGUUUGUCUUGUGUGGAUUCCAUUGACGGUCGUUGGAAUUUCUUACUUCAAACUGUUUUUGUUUGUCCGAAAUAAACGAAAACAAGUAACGAGUAAAAACAGCGCACCAACCAUUGACAACAAAUCCCUGCGCCUAGCAAAAGCAAUAUUUAUUGUGUAUGCCGUAUUUUCAAUUUGUUGGAUACCUUUCGCCAUAUUGCUUGUGGCCGAUACGGAUGAUACAUUUUCCCACGAAGUACAUCUUUGCAUCACAGUGUUUGCCCAUUUUCAUCCAUCAUUUAAUUUUUUUAUCUAUUAUUUUUCAAAUAGAAAAUUUAAAUCAGAUUUUCACAAAAUAUUUCAUAUCGGCAAGAAAGACAAUGUUAAAGUUUCACUAUCGUCUGUCAGGAAAAUCAAAAGCAAAUCAUCUCUAUCUGAUAUGAAAACAUCUUCAACUAAUUUGAAAACAUCUUCAUCUGAUAUGAUAACAUCUUUAUCUGAUAUGAAAUCAUCCUCAUCCAAUCUGUUUGCAUCUUAAUCUAAAGAUAAAAUUACUCUUUAUAACAAGGAGUUGAAUGGAAGUUCACAUGAAUACGAAUUCAAUGAGGUCGCUUUAUUCAAUCGCAUUUAUAUACCUAUAUGGAGUUAUUUUCUUUCAGAACGUCAGGUCAUUCUUUUUCAGAAUCAACCCGGACGAUACCAUGUUUCAAUGGUAUAUGCUCCAAGGCAUAAAAUAAUUACCUGUGUGAGGACAUUAUUUUCCUUGAUAAACAUGCAAUCUAUGAUUUACUUCAAAAUUUUAUUCGUCUAAUAGUUUUUUGUUGCCUAUUUGGAAAUUUAUUUUCUAAAGUACAACCGAUGAUAGAUGUAAAAGAAACCGUCAUUGUAGACCUGCAAUUUAAUUUUAGAAACAAAUAACGAGAAGUUUUGUUGAUUUAUCGCUAUAAUAAAGAAACAUUAUCAAAUAGGUCAGAUGAAUUUUAAUGUAGACUUUCAUAAAAUAAAUCCAGAUUUAACAUGUGUAAGAUUUUGAAAAUCUAAAUAGGUCGAUUGCUAAACGUCCAGGGGCAAAUAUUUCAUGCAUGUUCAGAACGAUACACACUGAAUAGGAAAUCAAACUGUGACCUACAUGUAUUUAAAUUCGUCUUCGUGUCAGUUCGUAACUUUUUAAAAUUUAUGUAUACCUUUUACUCUAUCAAAUGAUCAACUUAUAAAAUAAUCUUAUAUUCUAUUGAAUAACAUUAACGUAACUCACGAAAGGGUUGGGUGCGGAGGGGAUAUAAUUUUAUCCUGAUUAUCAUUUAGUAAAAUGUAUUGCUAUUCGAAAGACAAUCUUUCUGAAUUUUUCAUUCGAUUCAAGUAAAAUGGAUAAGUAAAUAACAACUUUUCCGCAAUAGAAAUAACAUAACAAAACAAAACGAAAAAACAUACCCCUCCCCCUUUUCCAUAAGCUAAGUGAUACAGAUAAGAUAAGAUAAGAUAAAUUUUAUUUUCCAAAUUAGGUCCCCAGGGGGGCAUAUACACAUAACAUAUAUGAUUGAUACAACAUACAGUAUUUUACAUAACAUUGUAAAAUAAACUAUCGAAAUAGUCAUACAGGUAGUAUUUGUUAAAUAAAAAAGUAUUUGAGAGUUGCUACUCCAGAGAUGUGGCAAACCCCAUUUUUUUUUUUUUUUUUUAAUUUUUUUUUCUCACUUAAUUUUAUAAUAUUUUGCUGAAAAUGUACAAUAAAUAACUUACAAUGUGUCUUGUAUUUGUCAUACACCGUUAUCGGAUGGUAACAAUACAUUUGUGUCUUACUUCAUGCAGUUACAGUAAUAUUUUUAUUAUGUAUGGAUAACAAUUUUUAAAAGGUUUAUAUCUUAAUUAUUUAGUGAGUUUUAUUUCACAUUUUAAAUGAGCCGCAGGGCGUAUUAAAACCUGAACGCAUUAGAAAGGAAUAUCCCAUUUUAGUGAUGUCGGUAAAAAAGGAUACUAAAUUUUACAAAUCUUUAUAAAAUUGAUAUUUUUUGACGGUAUAUUCUUUGAACAAUCCUGACACCCCUCGGUGUGUUCUACGACAAGAAAAACCUUAAAAUAUGCAUUAUCUAUCACGUAAAUGAUUCAUUAUCAAUGUUUCUAAGCUUCAUUUAACAUUUAACUAAAUUGAACCAUAAUGACUGCUUGAAGGGAAUGAUUAUUUCAUUAUUUUACUUUCAUGUAUAAUUCAACAACAAAAAAAUCACACUUUAGUUUUUAACAUGCAUCUCCUCGAAACGUUCCCCUUAAGAGUGCAUUAACAAUAAAUCAUGAUGUAUGUUUGAGGGUUCUCAUCAUUAUUUAUAAAAAUCUUAUUAUCUUUAUGAUUUCUAUGUUUCUUACCCAAUAAAUUCAUGUUAAUGAUUUAUUCAGUAAAAACAACAAGCUGCUGACCCCUGAUGAAUUGCUAAUCAGUAACAAUGUAAAUGGCUUUUGUAUUUAAACUCAAAUAGCAUUCAUGUCGACAAAAAAUAACUUAAUCGAGCACACCUUUUAAAACACAAUAUUUAAAUUGCAUACGAUUAAUGAAAAAUAAAAUUAAAACAAAAUUCUGAACACUGAUUUUUCAGUCUAUGGAAGGUGCGAUACGAUAAAAACUUUAUUAUAUCAAUGAGCGAUAUUGUCUUAUAUCAACGAGUUGCAUUGUGGGAAAUCUCAGACGAAUGUUUACAUUUUUAUGAAGCAACGAAGAUUUCUCGGUAUAAAGUAAUGAUUCUUUUCUUAAAAGAGGCUGACAUUUAACAAGACAUACGUCUGCUGUAUAAUUUCCAUGAAUUAUUUUAAGUUAUACCAAGUAAGGUGUAUUUAAACGAGAAAAUUGAAUUGUUGAAUAAAUGAGACAUAAAUGCA